UUCUAAUCAUGCGAACUGAAUCCGUCUCAUAUGAAAAAGAAAUGGACAUUAUCAAAAAAAGAUAAUCUAGAAAAGAAAGAUCUAAAUUUGAAGACAUUGUGUAAAUAUAAACAUAAUUCUAUAAAAGAGAAGAAAAUGAAAAUUAGUAAAUGACAUGUUAUGAACGUAACUUAAAUUGUUGUGGAUCAUGCUUUGGAACACUUAGAGCUUGGAUUCCAUGUUGCUUUUGUUGUUGUCCUUACCCUUAUUUCUUAGUUACUUAAGGUUAAAAAGGUUUACUUUAAAAAUUUGGAAAAUAUCAAAAAACCUUAGAACCUGGACUACAUGAAAUUAAUCCGUACGUUUUAUAUAAUAAUUUAUAGAUUUACAGAUAGAGUUAUACCUGUUAGUACUAAAACUUUGUAUAAUUAUCUAUAUAUUUUAGUAUUAUUGAUUUAGAAAGAUAACUUGUCUUAACCAAAGAUAAUAUCACUGUUAAUAUUGAUACUAUUGUAUACUAUCGAGUUGUAGAUGUAAUGAAAUCUGCUUAUAGAGUUAAAAUGAUUGUUGAAGCAGUUAAAGAAAUCACUUAUGCUGUAAUAUAUCAUUCUUAUUUUUUCUAAUAGACUUUACGUACUAUAUGUGGAGAACAUAACUUAUAGGAAAUUAUUGAAAACCGAUAAAAAAUUGCAGAUGAAAUAGAAACUUUUGUUUUCGAUGUUGUUUCUGAAUGGGGUAUUAUUUAAUUAUAUUUAGGUAUCUAUCUGGAACAUAUUUUUAUUAAGGAUAUGUUAAUGAAUGAGGAAUUGUAAAAUUCAUUGUCUAAUGCUCCAAAAGCAUAAAGACUUGCUUAAUCCAAAAUAAUUUCUGCAUAAGUAUACAUUUAUUCAUUUAUUUUAAAUAGAGUGAUGUUUCUGCUGCUAAACUUAUGCGAGAAGCUGCAGAUAUGUUAGAUUCAAGAGCUGCCAUGUAAAUUAGAUAUUUUGAUACUAUUUAAAUGAUUGCUAAGAAUCAUAAUCCUAAAAUACUUUUUCUAUCUGUAGAUUAAUAAAAUAACAAAAAAUGA